AUGAGACCGAUUUUAUUGCAAGGUCACACUCGUUCGCUUACCAAAGUCAAGUAUAAUAGCGAUGGUGACUUGCUGUUUACUGCCUCCAAAGACAAGGCUGCUAAUGUCUGGUACUCCCACAAUGGAGAGCGUCUUGGCUCAUUCGAAGGUCACAGUGGUUCUAUUUGGGAUUUAGAUGUCAGCUUCGACAGUAAACGCUUGCUUACUGCAUCCGCUGAUGGCUCGUGCAUUUUGUGGAACGUUUCAAAUGGAAAGAUUCUUUAUCAAUGGAGUACAGUGCAUCAGAACGCUAUCCGUGCUGUAGCAUUUGCAGAGGGUGAUAAAAAAGCUUUCUAUGUUACAGAUGCCACACUUGGUCAGAAAUGCACCAUCCACAUUUUCAAGAUCCAUGAAGAUAUUUCCAAACAAACUGGAGAAUUCACCAGAGAGAUUAUCAUCAAAGGACAGCGUGCUACCGUUGCGCUUUGGGGAAAACUCAACAAGACUAUUAUUACAGGCCACGACAAGGGAUUGGUUUCUUUAUGGGAUGCAGAAACUGGUGAGCUUAUCAACUCUGUACAGGCUCACACUGGCCCCAUUCAAGAUUUACAAUUUGGCCCAGAAAAAGAGUAUUUUAUUACUGCAUCCAAGGACAACUCUGCUCAAAUCAUCGACGCAACAACUUUGGAGGUAUUGAAACGGUUCGAGGUUGAACGUCCUGUUAACUCGGCUGCCAUUUCUCCUAUUCGUCAGCAGAUUAUGCUUGGUGGUGGACAAGACGCCAUGAAUGUAACUACAACCUCUGCCAGACAAGGCAAGUUUGAGGUCCGAUUUUUCCAUUUGGUGUUCAGGGAAGAGAUUGGUCGUGUUAGAGGACAUUUUGGACCCAUCAAUACUCUUGCAUUCCAUCCUGACGGGAAAAGUUUUUCAAGUGGUGGUGAAGACGGAUAUGUGCGUGUUCACUUUUUCGAUAACGAUUACUUUACAUUCAAGUUUCCCGGGGAGGAGGAAGCAGACAUUACUGAAAUAAAUUGAAAAAUUGCAAUCGAUUCAUUUUUGC